GGCGGAUGCGGCCUCGCUUGCGUCACGCGCGGGUAUCGAUCUGCGGGCGGGCAGGCAGGUGCGUGGUUGCUUGGCCGCCGCCAGUCGCCAGCGCAGCAGCAGCUGGGCAGCAGGCAGCGUCAUGAAGCGGGGCCAGCGGCCGCCUGCACUCGCCUCGCUCGCCUCGCUCGCCUCGCUCGCCUAGCUCGCCCUUCCAGCCCGCGGCCAUGGUGCACCUCAGGGUACGGACUGGCAUGGUGAUGGUGAGCGAUGGAAAAAGCCGGCCACAGCCAAUGCGGUUGCAACUUUCUAUGGAACUGCUUCGGCUGCAGAAAGAAGAACUGUCACCGGUGACACAAAACUUCAACCAGAUUACACCUCUAGACUCAAGGGAACGCAUGGUUAGUGUAACAAGGCAGAAAAUGGGUGGACUAGGGCUAAGUAUAAAAGGUGGAGCUGAACAUAAAAUUCCCGUCUUGAUUUCUAGGAUAUUUAAGAAUCAAGCAGCAGCUCAGACUUGUCAACUAUUUGUGGGAGAUGCUAUAAUAAAAGUGAAUGGCGAGUAUAUAACAUCGUGUAGUCAUGACGAUGCAGUGAAUAUUCUACGUAAUGCUGGUGAUAUUGUAGUUCUCACGGUGAAGCACUACCGAGCGGCAGCAAAGUUUCUCCAAGACGCAUCUCAACGGCACUUGGACAACACGGGAAUUCACACGAACACCAGUGAAACGGAGUGGAUUUCGCCAAACCAGUCUCCAAAUGGAAUCCAAAGCAAGUGGAUUGACGUAAUAACAGUUCCACUGAUGAUGGCGUACGUGACGCGGUACAUAUUUGGCACGGACAAACUGCGCCCGAACGCGUUUGAAGUUAGGGGCCUGAAUGGUGUGAGCACCGGAAUAAUUCACUGUGAUGACGCGGCCAUUCUCUCCCAGUGGCUGAAGUACAUAACAGACAAUAUCGUGGGGCUUACUCAUUUGCAGAUGAAGCUCUACAAUCGCAAUUUCUCAUCGUGUGAUCGUAUAGAGUACAUGGGUUGGGUGAACGAAGGUGUUCUCAGCAACAACCAACCGUGGCAAAGUUAUAAGCCACGGUUCCUCACGCUGAAGGGCACGAGUGUGCUACUGUUCGAUUUACCACCAUUGAACGUAAUGGACUGGCUGCGAGGAAAGCUCGUGUUCAAAGUAUACGAGACCAUGUUCCGAGUGCUGAAGGAGUCCGAGAACGUGGACGAGAGGCAACAUUGUUUCCUGAUCCAGACGUCGGGGCACGAGUCGCGCUACCUGUCCGUGGAGACGCGGCAAGAGUUGCUCCGCAUCGAGAACGCCUGGCAUUGCUCGCUAUGCAGCGCCGUCGUCAAACUUGGGAGUAAAACCUUCUCAGUGACAUCAAGUGGAAAAAGUUCUGGCUUGACUCUGGAUUGGAACAUGGGGUUUGCGCUUCAUGAAAAUGAAUCGAAAACAUUAAUAUGGAAAUACAAAUUUUCUCAACUGAAAGGUUCUUCAGACGAUGGAAAAUGUAAACUGAAACUACAUUUCCAGGAUAGCGACACGAGAGACAUUGAAACAAAGGAAUUGGAAACACCAACUUUGCAGAACCUUUUGUUCUGCAUGCAUGCCUUCCUUACAGCCAAAGUUGCCUCCGUGGAUCCAGCAUUCUUAAGCUCAAAAACAAACUGAAGAACAAAUUACCUCGAACGUUCUUGAUACACGGUUAUUUGCUGAAACUGCAGCUGAUGUGCUGGUCUAUUUGUCUUUUGGAACUUCAAGAAAUUUGUCUCCAUUCCCGCCACUGUUUGAAGAUAACGAGAUCAGUUCGUUGUUUUAUUAAAGUAAUAAUUUAUUUCUUGACGCACAAAGUUUUUAAGUAACCAUCAGAAUUUCAUUAAAUAAAAUGUAAUAUUCGAUGCACUAUUGUUGUCAUUGUUUUACGUUUUAAUAAAACGAUCAGUCCUGAAUAACAUUUGGUAUUACUGAAAAUAACGAAUUUACAAACUUUUACUCUUUAACAAGCUAUUUAUCAAAUUAACACUUUCUGUGUACAUCGAGAUAAAUAUUUAAAGCAUAAUACAAUGACAAUUAUAUAAGUACACUUUGUUGAUUCAGAAACUAUAAUUACGUAAAACCACACAAAACGAAUAACUGCGGACGUCGUAGAUAACUAUGUGCAUACAACCUUUAUACUUUAAAUUUUAAUAUAUAUAAUGUUGUUUUAUCUUAUGCAUGUUUUUGAGAUUUACUAUUCGUAUAUUGCUUGUUAUUUUUAACGAAGUGCGUCUGUGUUAAUAGGAUAGAAUAGAAAAAAAAUUCGUUACUCUAACCUACCACCAUAGCAAUAUAAUAUUUGAUAUCGUUUAUAAACAUAGUAGAUUUAUAAUGGAUCCCACAAAGUGAAAGUGAAUAAAUUAAAACAGUUGAUUUUAAAUAAUUGUUAGUUACGAAUCAAUGUAAAGUUUAAUAUAUCAUGUAAAUAAAACGCUGUUGUUAUAUGUUAACUCAUGGCAGUUUGAAACGAAGUUGCCAAUCAUUACUCUAUAAUUUUGUCUCUAUUAUGUUAAAAUUUAUAGUUUUUAACUACAUGAGCCUUAUUUAUCAUGUGUGAAUCUCACCUUACCUUAUUUCCUGUUGAGCGUCAUUUCACAUCAUUCUUCUAACUAUGUUGUAAUCAACAUUAAAGUAUUUAUUUUAUUUUAUUUCAAAUACUUGCACAUCAAGAAGUAUAUGUUACCUGUAUUGAACACAACAAAUGAAGUAAUAUUUGUUAUCCGUAUUUGAAACACCAUGUAAGUUACCAUAGAAUUUGAGAUAUAUUGUUACACAAAUGUCAUUAAAGAGAUUAUCAUGAUGUAGAAAUUAAAAUAUGAAAUAAAAUAUUUAUUAUUU